AUGAAAGAGUUGGUACGCUCGGACCCUACUGUUACCGUAGACUUCUUGUUAAAUAAAUUGAGGAGUAUAUUUGAGGAUGUGAAGGCAAAUAUUUCUACUAUUUAUAACUUUCUCAUCCAAGUUUGUAAGUUCAGUCUCAAGAAGCUUUCUAAAUGGGCCAUGAGACGGGACCUGUCAGAAUUAAAACAAUAGAAAUUCUAGUGGGCACUUGAAAUUAAGGAUAAAAUUGACCUCGAAAAGAACUAUGUUUUCAUUGAUGAGGCUGGUUUUAACAUUAGUAUGAGACGAAAAUAUGGAUGGUCAGAAGUAGGUGAAAAGGCUGUCCUCGAAGUUUCUGUCAAUGCUACAGUUUCGGAAACUAAUGCAAAGAGUUGGAACCACUGCCGAACGUUUCUAUGCAUUCGCAAAAGUCUAGUGCUUAAGGAAAUUGAAACAAACAAUGCACUUGAAGAGCUCAAA